AGUUUCUCUCUGUUUCCUGUCAGCUUGGUAGUCCUGCAUGGUGACGGCUGUGGUCCCAAACAAGGUAGAUGGCAUCAGAGACACUCUACAAACUGGGAGAUGGGGAGGAGACCACGCUGAAGAAGGAAACCCUCAACGUUUUGAACGCACUCAAUCAAAUGUCCAAGCCCUUUCCAAACCCCAAGUCUAUGAACAGGAGCGUCACUACCAAAGGACUCCCAUUUUCCUCAGGGGGCAGUUUGGUUAACUUCUUGGAGGAAGGUGCCAUCCAUCUACCGAAGCAGAUGCCAAUGGAGGAUUCUGAAUGCAGCUCCGAUGACACCAGCAUCUCCCCCAUGUCAUCCACUUUGUUGAAUCCCAUCAAAUUGGCCGUGACCCAGCCCAGUAGCAGCUUCUUUGCAGGGAUGCUGGAGGGCGAGCUGAACAAACUCAGCUUCUCCUCGAUGGACAAGAGUACAGAAAAGGGGGACCUGGCCCUCUGCCCCCAGUCUAAGUCCCAAAUAGCCCCUUGUGGCCUGCUGGACCUUGACAACACUGAGGUGGACACAGACACCUCCUCAACGCCCUCAGAGUCCUCUGUGGUCCUGGAUGUGCCGGAGGCGCCCUUCAUCUAUGAACACACGGUCAGCGAUUCCAUGGCUGUGAUUUCCUGGACCUACGCCCCAGGCAAGCAGCGGGUCAGUUUCUACCAGGUCCUGUUGCAGGAGGUGGUCAGGAAAAAUGAUAGUGAGAUGCCCAAGGCAAAGAAUCACCCAUGGAUCUUCGAUAAGAUCUUGAGCACCACCGUCAAGCUGAUGAAUCUGAAGACUAACACGAGUUACUGCCUGACUGUCCGCGCAGCCAACACCGCUGGGGUGGGGAAGUGGUGCAAGCCCUACAAAUUUGCAACCGUUGAUACAGACUUGACCAGCUUCCCCGAGAACAAUCCUAUCCAGAUCACCGUGCAGCGCAAGAAACCGCAGCGGAAAACCAUAUCCAUGGGGUUGGAGGACAUGCGGAGGCUAGAAGAUCUGGAAUACCUCUUUCCCUACUAAGGGGGAGGGCCCCAGGAAGCCCCUUAACUACUUUCAGCUUCGGCCCAGGGCCCUUAGGAACCGGAACCAUGGAAUGUACCAGCAGCAUCAAGCCAGGGAACCGCUGACCACCCUGCUGGUCCCGGGCCUGGGGCUGAGGCCAGAUGGGAGCUCCAUUCACCUGGAGACACCACAGGCCAGGCCAGGUCAGAUCAGCUUCCACUGCCCAUAGCUGCUAGGCUUCCUCCCCCAGAUCUGGGCCGGUCCAGGUCCCUCAUUAAAACCUGCAGGUCAC